AUGGCUGCAGAUCAACCGGAAGAAAAGACAACGAAGGCUAAAGAGAAAGAGUCCUCCAAAGACGAAGUGGAGACCAAAAAAGCUAGUAGGAAAGAAGGGGCCCCAAGAAGGCCUCGCAGACAAAAAGUUCAAGUUGCAUGCGUCUACUGUAGAAGAUCUCAUAUGAUCUGUGAUGACAGUAGGCCUUGUCAGCGAUGCAUCAAACGGAACAUUGGCCAUCUAUGCAGAGACGAACAAAAUAGCAAAAGAUUAAAAAGAAAAUCCAGCCAAGAAGAGGAGCAGUCUGAUUCACAUCAACAAACCAUGAGCCCCAUGAUGCAGUCUUCUCUGAGUAUGUCGCCGCCUGCCGUUAGCGGUUCCAUGUCAGGCCAGAUACCGUUGCCAAUGUCAAUGUCCAUGCCACAGCAAACAAAUUCUCAGAUGAAUUCUUCAGAUCCAAAUGUGGUUGUCACGGGGUACAAUAAACCACAAUCUGCCAACUCACUCAAUGGGAGCCAUACCAAACUGAGUACUUUGAAUAAGCAGCCGUUUUUCUUCUCAGAACAUGCUGGAAGUGAGUUCAGCUCGUUGAACGAAUUUCUAUCCAUGAUAGACGAUCCAGAUAUGAUCAACCAUAUCAAUUAUAAUAAUGAUCCAAUUCUUCAAAACUUUGACAGUACCACGAACCUUGUCAAUCAUUUCAAUCAAGAGGCUAACAAUGGAAACAUCAACACCGGCAAUGUCCAAGAAAUUUCAGCAGAGACUUCUGCGCCUCCUUUGGAGGUUGCGUACGAUAACAGCCAAGUUUAUCCAAACUUUACCUAUCCCCAACAACAGCAACAACAGCAACAACAAGCACCUGCUGUGAAAAAUAAUGACGAGUACAACCAGCCUGUAAUAUCUGACACUGCCCGUGAUAAAUUCUUUUUAACGGCCGCCGAUCCUACCACGGAGAUUUCGCCUGAAGAAAGGCUGAAACAGGUCAUUAAUGCCAAACUGGAAGCUGGACUGUUGAAACCCUACAACUACGCUAAAGGAUAUGCCCGAUUGCAGGCAUACAUGGACAACUAUAUGAACAUAACUUCAAGACAACGGAUCUUGAAACCAUUAUCGACUUUUAGACCCGGAUUUAGGGCGAUAGCAAAGACUUUGAAAGAUAUUGAUUUAAUACUGGUAGAAGAGCAUUUCGAGAGAAUGCUUCUUGACUAUGACAGAGUUUUCACUUCGAUGGCUAUUCCAGCAUGUCUUUGGAGAAGAACUGGUGAGAUUUACCGAGGAAACAAGGAGUUUGCGUCUUUGGUGGAGGUUUCGAUUGAUGAUUUGAAGAAUGGAAAGCUUACAAUCUAUGAACUAAUGACCGAGGAAAGCAGUGUGAACUUCUGGGAGAAAUACGGGUCCAUAGCGUUCGAUAAAUCACAGAAGGCAGUAUUGACCAGUUGUAAUCUGAGAACUAAGGACGGUAGGAAAAGAAAAAACUGUUGUUUCAGUUUCACUAUCCGAAGGGAUAAGCACAACAUACCCAGUUGUAUUGUGGGCAAUUUUAUUCCUAUUUCGCCGUGA